AUGACAACAAUGGUGUUAGUACUUUCCACGGCUAUAAUUAUACAUGCACAGGGUCUUCUCCGCUGGCACAGCACACAUCUGUACUGCAGUAGAACUGGACGUCGGACACACAAGAACGUGUCAGGCAGUAAACGUAUCUGUAGCUCAGAAGAAAUAAUCUACUAUCCACAGGUGUCUCCUGUGAUUAUUGUGCUGGUGUCUGAUGGAGCACACUGCCUGCUGGCACGUCAGGAGGCAUUUCCUCCUGGAAUGUACAGUGCCCUGGCUGGAUUCUGUGACGUUGGGGAGACUGUGGAGGACUCAGUGCAACGGGAGGUUGCGGAGGAAGUUGGUUUGGAAGUAUCCUCGCUUGAGUAUUCUGCAUCCCAGCACUGGCCCUUUCCUAACAGCUCACUGAUGAUUGCUUGCCAUGCAAUGGUGCAACCAGGGCAGAACAAGAUUGACCUGCACCAUUCGGAGCUUGAGGAUGCCCGUUGGCUUGAUGCUAAGGAGCUAACGGAAGCUUUAAAACGUAAACGGGUGCCCACCAAGAAAGAAAUGGGAGAUGUUCCAUUCUGGAUCCCACCACCGUGGGCUGUAGCACAUCAACUAAUCAAGGAAUGGACCGAAAGUCAGCAGCCAUCCUGAAUUUGUUGGAUUGUUUGCGUGGAUACUGUUUCUUUCUCAUGUGAUAUAUAUGCUCUGACAGUCAGGUAUUAAUGAAGCAGCUGUAAAGCCCAAAAAAUGUUCAUUGUAUCAGACUUUUUUCUAUACUAAUUAUAAAAAGGAAUAGCUGUCUCCUAUAUAUAACAGGAGACAGAUUAUCACAGUGAUUACUGCAUAAAGGCAUUAUUGAUAUGGAUCCUAUUUAGAUAAUUGGCAUCAUCAGAGCAUUAUUUAAAUUCACUUAUUUUAAAAGACACGUCCUGAGAUCUUAGUAUUAAAAAGUGUUUUAAGCCAAGCAUUUUCCCAGAGUAGAUUUCCUUUUCAAAAAAUAAUCUGAGUAAGUAUCUGUUGUCUCUGUCUCAAAUCAGACUGCAGAAUAUGGGACAGAUAGUAGGAACUGCAGAUGCUGGAGCAUCUGAGAUAACAAGGUGUAGAGCUGGAUGAACACAGCAGGCCAAGCAGGAAAGCUGACAUUUUGGUCGAGGUCCGAAACAUCAGCCUUCCUGCUCCUCUGAUUCUGCUUGGCCUGCUGUGUUCAUCCCGCUCUACACCUUGUUACUGCAGAAUAUGGGAGCUUUUUUGAAACAUAGAAAAUUUGGAAUGAGAUAAGGGAAUGUUGCUAAAAUCUACAUAAAUUUCUACUUUAUAAUUUUAAUUUCUUGAAGUUUGAGGAUGGUUGUUUCAAAUGAUUGCUGGCAACAUUAGGGUAUUAUACUGUUAAAAUCACUUCCCACAAUCCACUACCUCAAGCAUUAUUUGAUUAUGUAAUAAUUCAGUUAAUUACAGGUGUCAUGGUAUCUCAGUGGUUAGCUGCCUCACAGCGCCAGAGACCUAGGUUCGAUUCCAGCCUUGGGAGACUCCGUGUGGAGUUUGCACAUUUGUCUUCGGUUUGCACAUUGUCCUCGUGUUUGCGUGGGUUUCCUCCAGGUGCUCUGGUUUCCUCCCAUGGUCCAAACGUGCAGGUUAGGUGGAAUGGCCAGGUGGAAUUGCCCAGUGUCUGGGGAUGUGUAGCCAUGCGGAAUGCAGGGUUAUAGGGAGGGGGUGUGUCUGUGUGGAAUAAUCUUUGGAUGGUCAUUGUGGACUCUAUGGGCCAAAUGACCUGCUUCCACACUGCAGGGAUUCUAUGAUUAGAAAUCUGAAUAAUUGAAAAAUAUACAGUUGGAAUUGAUCAUCUUUUGUACUAAUAUAGACUGAAUAGCAAUGUGCACAACUUAAGCAAUUAAAUCCAGUUAAAUUGAAAUUCAUUGAAAUAUUUAAGCAAAUAUUAAUUGUUACAUUUUUGAGAUAAUAAGUUUAACAAUUGUACUGUUGACGGCCUUAUGUCAAUUUCAAUAUCUAGUGUUGGACUUGACAAAUCACUUCAAUGCAUUAAAAGCUCCAGCUGAGAUCUGAUUACUGCUGAGCUGGGAUCAGGAUGAAAAUACAACUUCCUCGGGUGGUACUAGCUUUCUUCAGUUAUUGUGGGACCUGUAAAGGGUUAAUAUGUGUACACCAGUCUUUGUGGUGAAUUCAAACCACAGGGAUAAUUUUCAAACCUCAAACACUGACACACCCUCAGGAUCUCCUGACCUCUCUUCUGACAGGCUGCGACAGCUCGCUAAAGAAAAGUUUUUUGGCAUCAUGUUAAAAUAUACUGUAUUUUUUCAAGGCAAUGGAAAUAAAUUGCAAACCUAUUAAAGCAAUAAAAGGAACACUUA